AUGGAGCCUGGCAAGAAACACGGAAAACCGAGAGGAAAAAGCAGGGAACUGGCCCGACGCCUCCCCCGGGACAGACACCUGUUCCCGGUUGCUCUUCCUCCCAGAAGCCGGCCCCGGGAGCUGGAUCUCAGCGACAGCUCACAGGGUCUGUCGGAGCUCCACAUGGCCUGUCUCUACGGCCAGCUGGCUACUCUCCAGCGCCUGAUGCGCUCCAUGUUGGACCGGCUCGACAACGGCGAUCCUCUGGGGCGCCGGCCCGUCCACCUGGUCAUGUCCUCCUCCAACUUCCGCAACGCCGCCGCCUGCCUCAGAUGCCUGAUAGAGAACGAAGCCGACAUCAACCUAACCACAGACUCGGGGUUGACGCCGCUGCACAUGGCCGCCGCAGAAGGCCUCAUGGAAUGUGUAGAGAUCCUGGUGCAGGCCGAUGCAGAUGUGUUGGCCCAGGACGACAUGGGACACACACCUCUGGAUUUGGCUCGGGUCUGGUCCCACAGAGACGUAGGCAGGUAUCUGAGAAGAUGCAUGUGGGAGGCAGAGAAGAAGAAAGAAGUGGAGGGGAUGAGUCAGGCUCGGGUUUUGUACAGGAACCUCGUUGCCCUGGCCAAACUGAAUGUGGUCGACAAAUCGAGUCUCAUAGAGAAGAAGAUGAAAGAGUGGGCGGCCUUGAAAGGUAUUCCCCACAUCAAGCCUGCCCGCCCCAAAACCCUGCCGAGCAAGUUCCACACAACGUGCCACUUGUCCAGUCAGGACUGGUCUUAUGUGGGCAAGCACGAGCCGAAGCUGAACGAGUCCAGGUCGGUGAUUGACCUCCGGGACGUUGUGACGCUGUGGAGGGACAGCAGUGGCCGAGGGCCGCCUCAGUACAACACCAGGUGGGACAGCACGCCGCGGGACGCCCCGGACCUGCCCCUGGCCGUCCUCAGGACCGUGUUGUUCCCCAGAGUGCUGCCGUCCAGGAUCAACUCGCCUCAGGACUUCUACACGCGGGACAUCAAGUUGGUCCCGCACAGAAAAAGCCCCAUGGGGUGGAGCACCUCCCACUGGACGGAGGUGGCCAAGCUCAUUGGUUAG